AUGAACUUCAACCUGUAUGGAUCGUUAAACUCGGCAAAGCUGCUGCUCAAGCCCGGCUUGUGUCUGCCUCAUCACAUUGCGCCAACGUUCAACGACCUGCCCAUCCCUCUCGACGCGGCCCUGCAGAGAGACGGCCGGAGAGCCAACAUCAAGGCCGUUGUCCUCGACAAGGACGACUGCUUUGCUUAUCCCGACGCCAAAGAAGUGUAUCCCGCCUACAAGCAACACUUUGAAAAGCUGAAGCAGGCGUACCCUGGGCGCAAGCUCUUGGUCGUCUCCAACACUGCUGGAGCAACCAGCUGGGACAGAGACCUCAAGCUCGCCGCAGAGGUGGAAAAGAACACGGGCGUCUUUGUGCUUCCCCAUUCGACCAAGAAGCCUGGCUGCGGCGCCGAGAUCAUGGCGUACUUUCAAAAGUAUCCCGAGACGGGGGUGACUGAUCCGUCGCACAUUGCUGUUGUCGGCGACAGGCUGAUGACGGACGUGAUGCUGGCGAACAUGAUGGGCGCGUGGGCGUUUUGGAUAAGGGACGGCGUGGUGCCGCUGAAGCAGAAGAGCAUCUUCUCCCGGAUCGAUCACUGUCUGGCGGGCUUCCUGCAAGCGCGAGGCGUCAGACCACCGGAGCCUCGUGUCUCUGAGAAGUACUAA